AUGGCUGCAGACGCUGUCUUCCGAGCUGCUGAUCUUAAUGGUGAUGGACGUAUUGAUCUCGGUGAAUUCCGUAACCUCGUAGGUCACAAUCUUGGUGGUGUUUCUUCAUGGGACGCAUCAUCAGGUAGUCUUGGAUGGGGUGCUGGUUAUAGUGGUGCUUAUGGUGCUGGCUAUGGUGGUGCUUAUGGUGCUGGUUGGGGCGCCGGUUGGAGUGGUGAUGCUGCUUAUCUUGGUGGUGCUUCUUAUGGUGGUGCUUAUGAUGCAUCAUUAGUUGGUGGUGGUCUCAGUGGUUAUGAAUCAUAUGCAGGCAGUGCUGGACUUGUUGGUGAUGCUUCUCUCUAUCUUGGUGGAGCAGCUGUAGAUGCAGGAUCACUCGCAGUUAGUCAAGUACAGUAUGCUUCUGAUGCUCAAGGUCUCUAUCAAGAUCCAAAUCCAACUAUCAUCCGUCGUGCAGCUCCUGGUGGUGUACACACAUAUACACAAAAUGUUCAACUUCGAUACCUUCAACCUCCACCACUUCCACCCCCAGGCCCACUCAUCAUCAGAGAAGUGCGCCCACAUCAACCACCUGUUCCACCACCACUUCACCUUCGUCAAGUGGCUCCACCUCUUCCUCGACCACCUCCACUUGUUCUCCGUGAACACCCACCAGCAGCACCAGCUCCGAUCCCAUCUCAAACAGUCAUUCGUCGUUUGCCCGGCAUACCAGUUCCACCACGAUCGGUCGUCGUCGAACGUGUUCCACCUGCUCCACCACGACCACGUGACAUCUUCAUCGAACGUUGGCUCCCAUAUGGACCUCGAGCACCACGCCGUACCCUUGUUCAACGUGCUCCUCUUCCAGCACCAUACCCAGCUCCAAAAAAUGUCAUCAUCCAAUACGAACAAAACCCAGCUCGUGUUCUCCGUCAAGUCAACCGUCUUGGUGUUGCUCAAGCUAACCCAUCUGCUUAUGUUCAAACAUAUGGUGCUAGCCUACUUGAUUCUGCUUCACUCGUUUCAACCGCUCGCUCUGCUGGUGUUCUUGAAGAUAUCUCAGCUUCUGGUUAUGUAGGUUAUGGUCUUGCUGCAUAUGGCCAUGGAUUAUUGGGUGGUGGAGUUAUUGAUAGUGGUCUUGCUCUUGGUGGUGCUUAUGGUUAUAGUGGUUAUGGUGGUUUGGGUUAUGCUGGUAGUUUGGGUUAUGGUGGUAGUUUGGGUUAUGGUGGUAGUUUGGGUUAUGGUGGUAGUUUAGGUUAUGGCGGUAGUUUAGGUUAUGGUGCUGGUUAUGGUACUGGUUAUGGUGCUGGUUAUGGUGCUGGUUAUGGUUGGGGUGGAUCAUGGGGAACAGGCUGCUCUUCUUGCUACUGA